CAGACUAAUCCGGUUAAAGGGGCAAUGCCAACGGGACUGUGGGGCCCACCGGGAGGGGACGAGAGAACCGAGUUGCGGAAGCAGAAGGGCGAGCAGGACGCCAGGACUCGGAGGAUUACGGCCGCCUGAGGAGCCGGGAAAGGUGGGGGCGGGCCCUGGAGGGGACCCAGGCCCCGGACCCGCGGACGUCGCCGCCGUCGGAGGCGCGCCCAGGGGGCGGGGCCUCCCCUAUGGCCCCGCCCAGGAGGCGGUUCCGCCCAGCUCCCGCCCCGAGGCGCGAGGCGCCGGCCGGCUCCUCCCUCAGCUCCAGUCAUCGCCUCUCCUCCUCCCCGGCCGGCGUAUGGUUCUAGAAUUCGCCGCGCAGCUGCCUCAGGACCCAUACGUCUUUUUUCCCAUCUCUAGAUGUGCUACUGGUCUCAUCUCUACAGGCGUUACAUGAGUGAAUGAUUCAUUUUCUGUUAUCCUCCCAGCACCAAUGAGGAGACUCACUCCACCUACCCAGCCCAGUCCAGUCAUUCAGGUACAAGAAGAUGGAGACAACCUCAUCCCUUUUGCCAAGUGUUCCAGGGUGGUCAGCCGAUCUCCACCCCCGAGCUUGCCUUCCCAGAGCCUCAGACUGACACCCCAGCGUUAUGGAGACAUCUUUUGGGAGAACCUUAGUCAAAGGCCCAGCCCCACCUGGAUGGAGGAACAUUACAUCCCACCCCUGCUGAGAGCCACGGGUUGCUCCCAGCCUGGCUUAUAUCCCCCUGAGGGGCUCCCACCCCCUGAGAUGCUUUGCAGAAGAAAGAGAAGGAGGCCUCAUUUGGUGGGAACGCAGCAGGGACCUGGGGGCAUCCCAGCCCGGGUAAGGGCUGUCACUUAUCACCUGGAGGAUCUACGGAGGAGACAGAGAAUCAUCAAUGAACUGAAGAAGGCCCAGUGGGGCAGCCCUGAGGCUACGUCUGAGCCCCUGGUGCCCGAUGAAGAGGGCUGUGAAUUCCCCAGCACCACCAAAUACCCUGCCCUGGAGGCAGAGAGGGCAACCUAUCCAUGGGAAGAGGACCACUUUCUCACUCCCGGCCGGGCCCAGCUGCUUUGGUCCCCCUGGAGUCCCCUGGGCCAGGAGGGGUCUUGUCUCUCCAGGCAGCUGAGCUCUCUGCCCUCCUACAGCACUGUCACAGCCAGUAGGAACCCCCUUUACAACCCCUGGGGGAUGGAGCUGCAGCCUGAGGAGUAAGGAGAAACUGUCGAUGCCCAAGAUGCUAGCGCUGCCUCACGGGCCCAAGACUAGUUCUCAUCACUGGAAUCUCCCCAUUUCUGGAAUCCAGGCAUUUCCCUUUCCUUAGCCUCUCCCAACCUCCUCUCCUGUCCUCUGAACUAGGCACUAAAAGCCCCCUUGGCUCCCAUCUCAACCCACCUCUCUCACAGGAUCUCCCCAAGGCCUGUUGACCCCCCGGCCCGCUCCCUGGCACUGUGUUCUUCUCUCUGUUCUGUUAUUAAAAAGCAAGCAAGUUGA